UCACCUUUCAAUUUCGAAAAAAGAUUUGACCGUGAUUCUAUUAAACUGAUGAUUCUUAAUCGUGUAAGAGAAAAUCCUAUUCCAAAAACAAAUGAUAGAUUCGUUUCACUUUAUAAAAAAUGCUGGCAACAUGAACCAGACGAGAGACCACCUAUUUGUCAAGUAAUUGAAGAACUUGAUAGCAUUGAUCCUAUAAUCAACAAUUUACCAACUAAUUCUAACAAAAGUAAAAUAACACAAGAUAAAGAUUCUGACUUGAACAUUACGACAUAUAGUAAAUAGAUUAUUCCAUUUUAUAUUAUAUUAUUUUUUUUUUUCUCAUUUACGAAUACAUUAUAUUUUCGAGUAUAUUUGAAUAGAAAU